AAUAAUUAAAUUUUUUUAUUUUUGAAUCUUACUUAAUACUAUUUACCAGCUGGUUGACCAAGAAAUAGGAUAAAUAAUGGAUGAUUUAGAUGAGGAUUUGGCCGGCUUACCUGGUGAUACGAAGGAAAAAGAGGAGGUAAUCAAUGACGAAUUCGUAGCAAGAGACUAUCAGGAUGAGCUUCUACCUCUUGCUGUCCAAAACAAUUGUAUUAUUUAUCUUCCGACCGGUUCUGGAAAGACAUUUCUUGCAACCAUGAUUAUUAAACACUUUGGUGCUGAUAUUGAGAAGAAAUUAUCGGAGGGUGGAAAGCGAGCUUUUUUCCUGGUGAAUACAGUACAGUUGGUGGAGCAACAGGCCCAAUUAAUUAAACGCCAAACAACAUUCACUGUUGGUGAAUACACCGGCCAGACAGGCUGUGAUCUCUGGUCCGAACAAAUUUGGAAAAGUGAACUGGAUAAUAAAUCGGUAAUCGUGAUGACAUCACAGAUAUUGCUCAAUUUGCUCAGCCACAGUUAUUUGAAGUUGUCGAACAUUCGUAUUAUUGUUUUUGACGAGUGUCAUAACGCAGUCAAAAACCACCCCAUGCGUUGCAUCAUGAAGUUUUUCGAAAAUGUGCCUGCGUCACAGCAGCCCCAUGUGGUGGGCCUGACCGGGUCUCUGCUCAAUUCCACCAUCGAAGAAGGAAAAGUGAACGAGUAUAUUCGUGAAUUGGAAGCAACUUUCCUGAGCAGGAUCAUCACUUCCGUCAAUGAAAACAUGGCUCUUGCCAUUGCGAGGUAUUCCGCUGAUCCACAACAAGAGAUGGUUGCAUUUUCUCCUGGAACCCAUAUGAGAAGUGAAUUAUGCACAAGCAUCAAUAUUGUGUUGGAUUCAGCUAUAAGGAAUGUUACUCUAUUCAAUUUGAAAAUGGAAGAGGACUUUGUACCUCUGAAGCCGUCCAUACAUGCGAUUGCAAUGGAGGAGAAUAAUAAAUUGAACAAGAAACUAGCCAACAUGAUCGUCGAUAUCAAGUAUCAAAUGGAGAAUCUGGGAGCACAUGGAGCUUACAAGGCUGCUCUAGCAAUGAUGAUUCUGCUAGAACGAAAAAAAAGAUCGGCGCAACUUCGAAAACAUGCGGCUGCUUUCCAGUACCUUUGCACUAUGUUGACUCUUGUAAGAAAAAUAUCGUUUGAUGUUCUAAGCAAGUAUGAAGGCGAAGAAAGAAUAAUACGAUUCGUUUCCAAUAAAGUCUUGAAGCUUUUAGAACUAUUUAAAGGAUUUAAGGAAACUGAUAAAGCUUUGAUAUUUGUUACCCGGCGCUUCUCAUGCAAAUGUCUACAAUAUAUCCUGGAGGAUCUGAAGCUUCCCAAUGUGAAGAGCGACUUCAUUGUUGGCUACAAUACGAAUCCUUUCAAUGACACCCGAGAAGGAUUGCUCGAGAAGAAAGUCAAUAAGAAGGUAUUGAAAAGAUCGCUGCGGUUGCACAAGGUUCUGACUACUGCUUCAGCACACGAUAUUUUCAAUCUGGAGCGAUUGGAAACUCUGGGCGAUUCUUUUCUUAAGUAUGCCGUGUCUCUCUUACUAUUCAUCCGCUUUCCCGAACUGUCUGAAGGCCAGCUGACAAUGAUCAAGGGCAAAGUCAUCGGAAACCGAAACCUGUACUAUUGUGGUGAACAGAAGGGCUUGGGCUCCAUUAUCAAGGCUGAUGAAUUCAACACAGAGUCCGAUUGGAUUGCGCCCGGAUUUUGUGUGGAUCGUACAGUGCAGAAUUUGUUUCGAGAGUUGAACAUAAAUCCACGCUACUUGUACGAAAUUCCGCUGUCAAGAGACGAGAUAGAAUGUGGCAAACUGUCGCCGAGAACCAAAGACAUAAUUGAGGAGAAAUUGGAGGAAUGGGAAGAGGAUUUGGAUUAUUGCAACUACAGCAAUGCGCACUUCAUUUCUCAGCAAGUCAUAUCUAAUAAGACUGUGUCGGACAGUGUUGAAGCAUUGCUCGGAUUGUAUAUCCAGCUUUUGAAGUUCCCGUUGUUUAUAACAAUGGGUGAAAUAGAAGUGGAGGUAAUAGUCAAUCAAGCGUGUCAGACGCUUUCAGAGAAAGAAAUUGACGAAAUUUUCAACUUCCAUUGCAUAAUUUUCUCGGAUGUCUUGCAGUGCAUAAAUAUGUUCAUGUUCAGAGAUUAUGAAAACAAAGAACACUCCUAUCUGCUGGCUCCCAUAAAAUUAGAAAAUGGAAGAUCCGUCAUCAAUUGGAGUGUGAUUCGCGAUAAUCAGGAAUUCCCCGAAAUCAUCUCACCACCGGUUGAAGAAAGACAGAAAGACAUUGUUGUCACCGAGGAAAUUUAUAAGAACUCUGUAGUAAUACCUUGGUACAGAGGUUUUCUGCCCAGACAGCAAUUGGUUUUCUUCAGUGUCAAAAUCGGUCAUUCUAUAAUCGUCGUUAAGAUCUGCAAAGUCAGUAUUCUCCCGCUCGAUUUCAUGGAAAAUAAUGUCUGCAAGAGCCAACUACAUAGUGUGCAGGCGACGUAUAAGCGGAAGAAGAAGCAAGAGGAGGAGUUUGAGGAAUCGCUGGUGCCGGAGCUGUGCGUGCGGUGCGCGGUGCCGGCCGCCUAUUGGCUCAAGGCCACCCUGCUGCCCAGCUGUGUGCAUCGCAUCACUGCGCUCCUAUUGGCCGACGAGCUCCGCGUCACCAUCGCCACCGAUCUCAACCUGAGCACCGUCACUCUGCCACCAGGCAGGAGUUGGCGUCCUAUCAGCGUGGAGCAGCUGUGUCUUCGCGAUGAAGAGGAGAAGCAGCAGCCAGUGCUGCCAACUGCGAAGACGGUGACGAUCAAGCCGCGGAGUGCACUCGACCUGGACACCAACAACUAUCCGUGGGGAACCGAGCAGGAGCCCAUCGACAUAGAGCGCGCCAUCGACCAAAUCAAACUGGUCGACAUCGUCUUCUACGACGACUUUGUCUCCAAACCGAUCGUCGAACAAAAGAUCCAGUCGCUAGCUCAGGAUCGCCAACAGCUCGAGAUCAAAGCAUUAGAAUACGCUUCCAAAACAGUCACUCCUCAUCUCUCGAUUUUCAAUUCCAAACACGAAGCUCCGGGUGUAGAACUGGCUGAUUUUCUUCAGGUUCUGACUACUGCUUCAGCACACGAUAUUUUCAAUCUGGAGCGAUUGGAAACUCUGGGCGAUUCUUUUCUUAAGUAUGCCGUGUCUCUCUUACUAUUCAUCCGCUUUCCCGAACUGUCUGAAGGCCAGCUGACAAUGAUCAAGGGCAAAGUCAUCGGAAACCGAAACCUGUACUAUUGUGGUGAACAGAAGGGCUUGGGCUCCAUUAUCAAGGCUGAUGAAUUCAACACAGAGUCCGAUUGGAUUGCGCCCGGAUUUUGUGUGGAUCGUACAGUGCAGAAUUUGUUUCGAGAGUUGAACAUAAAUCCACGCUACUUGUACGAAAUUCCGCUGUCAAGAGACGAGAUAGAAUGUGGCAAACUGUCGCCGAGAACCAAAGACAUAAUUGAGGAGAAAUUGGAGGAAUGGGAAGAGGAUUUGGAUUAUUGCAACUACAGCAAUGCGCACUUCAUUUCUCAGCAAGUCAUAUCUAAUAAGACUGUGUCGGACAGUGUUGAAGCAUUGCUCGGAUUGUAUAUCCAGGUGAGAGUUUGUUCAAUUCAAUUAAUCAAUAUCGGGGCACCGAGCUUCGCUCGUUAUUUUUAUUAUUAUUGAUUAACAGAACCACAG